AUAAUCAAAGCACAUUUGUUUUCACUGUCUCCCUCUGUAUCUGUACCCUGCACUUUUUGUAAAUGUUAUAAAAUCAGAAAACAAAGGCUUAUCAAUUUGUCCGCUUUGAUGGAGAUGGAAUAUUGGACUUAAGUUUAAACUGAUAAGAUAUACCCUUUUACUGAAGUUGUUUGUUCAAAGCUCUUUGUUUCACUUUAGUACAUUUUCACUGUAAACUAAUGGAGAAUACAACUGAGAUAUGGUCUUUUGUGCUGGCUGCCUAUGGUAACAUUGGAGAUUUAAAAUACCUUUAUUUCAUCAUAAUGCUGGUAUGGUACCUCUCAAUUUUUGCAGCCAACACAGUCCUUAUAGUUAUCAUAUAUGUUGACAGAAGGUUACAUGAACCAAUGUAUAUUUUUCUAUGUAAUUUAUUUGUGAAUGAAAUAGCUGGCAGCACAUCACUGUAUCCUCUUAUGCUCUCACAGAUGUUAUCAGAUACACAUGAAGUGACCCUGCCGUGGUGUUUUCUGCAGAUGUGCUGUAUCUACAUAUGUGGAUCUGUUGCGUUUUGCAGUUUAGCAGCUAUGGCCUAUGAUAGGCAUGUCUCAAUAUGUUAUCCUUUGCGCUACAACAUCAUUAUGAACACAGGAAAAGUAGUUAUGAUAGUGCUGGUUAUAUGGAUGUAUUCAAUCAUUAGUUUUAUUUUCUCAUUUUCAUUUAUCAUAAGUUUGAAAUUUUGUGGAAACAUAAUUGACAAAGUUUUUUGUGACUACCACUUGGUGAUGAAGCUUGCAUGUUCAAUCUCAACUCUUAAUAACAUGUCCGACCUGUUUUUUGCAUUUAUAACUAUGGCUAUCCCAUUUAGUCUCAUUUUAGUCUCUUACAUGAAGAUUUUGGCUGUGUGUCUGCAUACUUCUAGAGAAACCAAGCAAAAAGCUGUAACUACCUGCACACCUCAGAUUGUCUCACUUUCAAACAUGUUUGUUGGCUGUAUUUUCCAUUUUGUUGAUUCCAGGUUUGAUGUUGCUCAUGUGCCAGACAAAAUACGCAUUAUUUUAUCAGUAUACCUCCUCGUUUGCCAACCUAUUGUCACUCCUUUUAUGUAUGGAUUUAAUCUACCAAAGAUACGGGAAUCAUUCCAGAGAUUUGUGGUUACUAGAAAAAAUAUGUUUUUUAAAUUCUGCAGGUGUCAACAGCAAGACAGGUAAUCUCAGCGCUGAAUUAGAAAAAUAACAGAAUAUGGUUUAGAAUCUUUAAUCUAUAAUUAUGUGGUGGGGUUACACACAUCUUGUAUUUUAACGCUGUGCACUACAAAAUCAUGCUGUUUUUAUGAUGCAAAGAUGCUAUCAAAUGUGUCUAUAAUGUUUAGGAUUCGGUCAUUUUAAUAUUGUGUUGCACACUUGGAACCAAAAAG